CCAAAACCCAGUCUUCAUAAAUAGUGAGUGCAAACGGUUGACCAAUACAUAUAGCAUGCCAAGAUAGUACGAUUGACAAUGAAUGAAGAACAAUCAGUCGACGCUGGCGAAGCUAUGAAAACACGCCGCAAAGGAAGGAAGCUCCGACGACGGCAUCGACCCCCCAAGAAUGAAAUGGAAAAAUUCGUUGCAAAGGACCUCUAUAUUGCCAUGCAGUACGAGUUUCGGGCAAGUCUCGACAACCAACGAGACCUCAAGCGAGUUGUGCUUGUGAAUUGGGAUCGACAGGUUAUCUUGGACGUCAAGGUGGUACUCAACGACAGCCGCAAGAACAAGAGAUCUCCACGACUUUCCGUAACAAAUACCAUUGCGGCCUCGUUGUCACUCGCCGAACUGCGCUGGCGAAUCCAGUCCAUAACAGAAGGAAACGUUUUGAUCGGAUACAGCUUGGACUAUGCGUUAUAUGCGCUAGACUUGCAAAUACCGUGGGUAAAUUUGCGUGAUUCCGCUACCUACACCCCGUUCAUGAAGGAAGUCAACGAUCCUCUCACAGUCAUGCUAGUACCAAGGUCGCUGGCCGAGCUUGGCGAAAUUUUUGGAUGCCGAUCGUGCAAAAAUUCUGAGACUAGUCUUAUACAGCAAGCUCUGUGCUGUAUGGAUCUGUACCGCAGAAAACGAGUGGAGUGGGAGGAGGAUGUAGCAAAACUUAUUCGACAGAAGGAGCGACAAAGGGAAAUCGCGGAGCAUCACAAGCAAAUGAGAAUGCUGACAAUGAUUCCGGAACAAGAUUUGAGUGAAGAAAAUCAUAUUCAUAGUGCCACUGAAGAGAGUCAAAGACUUCCAGACGAUGCGUAUGAAGCCUACCGUGGUUUGCGUUCACUGUCGAUCGACGCAACGCUUCGAGAGGAAUUACAGACGAAAGAAGGACGUCUAGGUGGUGAUAGUCUUCAAACCGAUUGGGUUGGUACUCACAGAGCUUUAGCAAUGCUUGCUCCUGAUUUAUCACAACCUGACGAUUUGAGUUGGAGCAGUAGCGCCUUUUCCUCAGCCAACAUUUGGAUGCCGUCGGUGGAUUCGCUAUCGUCAGUUCCCUCUACUAUAAGCCAAGAUCGAUGGUCUGGUGCAGAGAAUAGCGCAUAUCAUGCAAGAGGGUUGUGGCUGAUGAGACCAGAGAAAGAAAGCACUCAUCCUGUAGAAAUUGGCGACUGGUUGGACGAGCGAGAAAAUCAGGUAUUGGAUGAAGACAUGCAUGAGAUUAAUCUGAUAGACGAAGAUGACGUUGCUUCAGGCCAUCUUCCUUCCAAGCUUCUUAGUGAUUCAGACGACUCUGGAAAAGAAGCACCAGUACGAGAAGAUAGCAGUCAUCUUGUCGACGGUGUCGAUUGGCUAGAAGAAGGCAAGAAGCCACCAUCACACAGAACGAAAGACAAUUGGUUUCGGCGUCGGCCUUCAGAUUUUCGACCACCGCAAGACUCAAAUCAGCACCAUCUGUCUGAAGUAACCCCUCUUACUGCUGGAAAAAUUCCUUCUUCCCCGAAAUUUGGUUUUUUUCGAAGAAAGUCAGAGUCUGAUGAUACUCGCAAAAUUCACCUCCAAGGAACAUGA